GCACCCAUACCCAACCAACAUGAAGCUGUUAUAUGCAGUAACGUUAUUAGCGUUUGUUCAAACUUCGCUUCAAGCUACCGAUUAUUGUGCUAUUGAACAUUGUCCUAAGGGCAAUCACGUAGGCUGCAAUGCCUCUACGACUUUUGGGAAUCCAACUGGACAGCUAGUAAUACUGAAAGCUGCCGAGCAAACGCUGAUUCUGAACCUUCACAACACCUAUCGAAAUAAAAUUGCUUUGGGAACGGAGAAAAAUGGUGCUGGAAUAUUGUUCCCCAAGGCUUCCAGAAUGAGAACCAUGCGGUGGGACGAUGAGCUGGCAUAUUUAGCUGGAUUAAAUGCUAGACGUUGUGAAAUGCAACACGAUCAAUGUCGUAAUACCGUAAAUUUUACUUACCCAGGCCAAAAUCUGGCAACUUCUUUGACCACCCAGCAAACAUUUAUGAAGGUACUGGGCACUGCAACCAGCUUCAAUGUGACAGCAAAAAUCGUAUCAAUGAUCAACGCUUGGUAUAAGGCAUCGUUGAACGCCAAUCCCAAGGACCUAGAAUCUACGUCGGCACCAAAAUUUUCUACCAUACAAUUCACUCAAAUUGUAAGAGAUACAUCGAAUGCCAUUGGUUGCGCUACAUCUACGUGGAAAGAUAAUGGCAUGACUUAUUUUUAUUUGGUGUGCAAUUAUGCAGUAGGCAAUUUGGUGGGAGAACAAGUCUAUUCAACGGGAUCAACCGCAUCAGGAUGCACAACUUCAAAUAAUUCUUUCCAUACAGGCCUAUGUAGUACGCUCGAGCCUUAACUAAAUAGUUAUAUCAACCAAAAUACAUGGAACUUUAAUAAAUUGAAUUA